UUCAUUCAUGUUUAAACAAGUGCUCAACAAAGGAUAACCAGUUUUAGAAAAUUCCUUAAAAGGACAGGACAAGUUAAUUAAAAUAAAGAAAAUUGUAAUAAAGUGCUAAACUAAUUGUGAAAAACUUUAGUAUAAAUAACAAAAUAACUCAAAAAAAAUGUUUAAUUUCAUAAAAGAAGUAAUGGCGCCCACAACGCGUUCUACGGCAUCACAAAGACAACAACAAGAAAAUGAAACAAAAAACAAGGAAACUUUUGAGGAGUCUUUAGUUACAGUUUCCGGAACAGCUUUAAUUAAGGGUUACAAAAUUACAGAUAAUGAACGUUCAAGAAAAUAUGGCAUAGGAGCCAGUUCCUUGCAAAUGCUGAAGAAUAAAGCUAAAAUAAAGUUUCCUAUUAAAGAUUUGCGCAUUUAUUUAGCCUCUGAUGGCUAUGAAGUUACCGAUGAAGACUAUUUUUUAACCUUAGAACCGCAAACCCUCUUCAUUGUAGCUGGACCUGAGGCCAUAAUAACAACUGACAAUGACUUUCAAUUCGAACAACUACGCCAAAGAUCUCCCCUACUCAAAGUGGCCGAUAUUAUCUAUGAAUUUAUGGAACAACAACCGGACAAAUUUGGCAAACUUAUAGCCGAUUAUGAAAAGAAAAAGUUACUCAACCAUUGUAGGGUAGAUGCUGCUGCUAAAACACAUUUAAGUUUACGUUCCGAACAUGCUGAAUGGUUUAUGGGACAAGAAGAAAAAUGUCAUACCAAAGAAGAGGCUUUGGCACGUAAGGCACAAGAUCGUGUUAGAACUUACUAUUACAAAACCAAAGAUGAACUAACACGCAAUCAUUUGUAUCGACAAAAUCUUAAGGCACGUAAAGUUAUCGAUUCAAUAUUGGAAAAGUUUCGUUAUUUGCUUAUAGGUUGUGAUUAUUUUUCCAUGAUAUUUGAUCGGAAAUAUGAACCUAAACAUGAUUUCUUACGUGAAAAACUAGAAAAAGAUGAUGAAACUGAUGCUAGAGCAGCAGUGCCCAAUAAGAAACUUAAACAAGUUAUUAAGGAUUACACUUUAAGAAAUGAAAUCUUAGAUGAAUGGUCUGUAUCGCUAUGCACCGAUUUGGGUGAUUUCUAUUGUCAGGGCUCUUAUUCGGAUUCACACAAUAAUUGCUCUCUACAACAUUCCAUAAAUCCAUAUGCUUCACGUGAAAAUCUUAUACUAUUCCAAGUAUGGAAUCUUGAUCAUCAAAUUGAAUUAUCACGCACCAUUCUACCGUCUAUAAUAGCAAAUGUACGCGAGCUGAUAGAGCAACCUCGUCGUAUUUGCUCUAUACACAAACAACCUGUUGUGGACAUUUCAGUUUUGGAAUAUUUUUUGGAAAUAUUUUCUUUGAAAAAUCUUAAAUUGGUGCAUAUUGUGUGUCAUGAAAAAGUGCAAAGAACAAACAAAUCAAAUGGUCGUUUAUUGUGUGCACAAUGUCAUGAAUAUAAAAUUGUGGAAGAAUUAAUGGCAGUGCAGGUUGUAAAAGAGCGAGAACAGCACGAGGAGGAGUGCUCAAACUUUCAUUACUAAUCAUAUUAACUAACCACUUUCAACACAAAACUCUUUCAUCAACUUCUAUCAUACAAAUUCAUACAAUCAUAUCAAGCAAUUAAUUAUUAUCGUCAAUAAUAUCAAGAUUUUAAACAAUAAACUGCGAAUAAAGUCAAGAAAGCUGCUACAAAAGAGAAAGAAAGGUAAGUUAAUUUAAAAUUUUCAUC